AUGCGGAUGAAAGGCGGGAAUAUUCGUCGGUAUUCCACAGCGCACUCCUACAAGCACACUGUCACUCUCCCAAAAACUAAUUUCCCUUUACGGGCGGAUCACGCUUCGUUAUCAAGAUACACGGAUAUUACAACAACAAAUCUCUACAACUGGCAGAGUAGAGAAGUUGACAAAGAUCCUUUCAUUCUCCACGAUGGCCCUCCUUACGCUAAUGGCAAUCUCCAUAUGGGCCACGCACUCAACAAAAUACUUAAAGAUAUCAUUCUCAGGUACAAGCUCAUCACUGGUAGCUCUGUACACUACCACCCUGGCUGGGACUGCCAUGGCUUGCCUAUUGAAUUAAAAGCCCUCGAAUCGCUAUCGAAAGGCGGUCAGAAUGGUCCACUGGGUGAUGCUGUCGCGGUCAGACGCGCUGCUCGUGACACCGCAUUAGACAGUAUCCAAGUACAGAAGACCGAGUUUGCUCAAUUUGGUUUACUCGCAGAUAUGCGCAAUCAAGACACGACUUACCGCACUCUCGACCACCAAUAUGAGAUGCGCCAGCUGAAUCUAUUCAAAGAUCUUGUUAAAAAUGGCCUCGUUUAUCGCGCUUUCAGACCUGUUUACUGGUCACCGUCCUCUCAGUCGGCAUUGGCGGAGGCUGAGUUAGAAUACAGCGACACACACACUUCCUUAUCACUCUAUGUAGCUUUUCCUGUAGUAUCCAAGUCACAGGCUCUCAGUGAUGCUCUCCACAACCAUAACCAUCCCAUCAAGCUGCUCUGCUGGACUACUACACCUUGGUCGCUCGUUGGUAAUAUGGCUGUAUGCGUACAUCCUGAUCUCAAUUAUGGAAUUGUCGAAACAGACAGUAGCGAGAGAUAUAUCGUAGCAAUUGACAGAUUGGAAGCAAUGAGGCAUAUAUUGGGUGACUUCAAAGUCAUAGCUACAAUAUCAGGCGAGCAGCUGGUCGGAUGCACAUACACGCCACCCUUCCAUGCACAAAAUGCUAUUCCGCCCGCUUUCCCACUUCUCGCCGCGCCUCAUGUCAGCGCGGAUACCGGAACUGGGUUGGUGCACACAGCCGCUGCACAUGGGCACGAUGACUACAUAGCGAUCCAAAAUGAGCUCAAAAAGCAUAGCCAAGGUGGACCUGCAGAGCACAAUGAUAACCUGCACGUAGCAGCAGCGCACUCGCACUCGCAACCGAUUCUCAACCCUGUUGAUGACAAGGGUAGAUUCGAUAGUGUGGCGGUAAGGCAUAUCUGUGGUCAGCACGAUGGGUCUGUCCUGGAUGGGUUGGAGUGUUUGGGCAACGGCAGCACUCAAGUCGCUCGCUUACUCGAAGAGCGCGGGGGAUGGAUAGUGCAGAAGGAACGCAUCAAGCAUCGUUACCCACACGACUGGCGCACUAAACAGCCGAUCUUGAUCCGAUCCACCUCUCAAUGGUUCGCUAAUGUCGACAGACUCAAAAGCAAGGCGGUCGCUGCGCUCGAUAAUGUCACUUUCAUCCCACAUACCGGCCGACAGCGCCUGGAGGCGUUCGUGAUGGGGCGGUCCGAGUGGUGCAUAUCGCGACAACGAGCUUGGGGUGUACCUAUACCGAUUCUGUUUGACGAGGGAGGCGAACCACUGCUAGAUGAGGGAGUGCUCAUGCACACACUGCACAUACUCAACGAAAGAGGUGUCGAUGCUUGGUGGACAGACCCAGCAUCAGACUUUGUCCCUGCCAACAUAACGCAGAGUGUAUUUAAAGGCGCAGAUACUAUGGAUGUAUGGUUCGAUUCUGGGACGUCUUGGAUGGGGAUGAACGAAGGAACUGCGCAGAGAGCAGAUGUAUAUCUCGAAGGCUCUGAUCAGCACAGGGGCUGGUUCCAGAGCAGUUUGCUGACGGCAGUUGCCGCGGGCAAGGGUGCACCCUACAAGACACUCAUCACACAUGGCAUGGUCGUCGAUGAGCUCGGACGUAAAAUGAGCAAGAGUCUGGGCAAUGGGUUGAGUCCACUUGAUAUCAUUAACGGGACUAAGUCUCUUCCUAAAUACGGACCAGACGUGCUCAGAUUCUGGGCGGCGUCGGUCGAGUAUACCAAGGAUGUGCCUAUCGGGCCUACAAUCGUUGCGCAAGCGUCAGACUCGCUCAAGAAGAUAAGGAACGCUGCGAGAUUCAUACUAGGCAAUCUCAACUCAAGAGACGCUUCGGUGGUUGAAAUAAGCGAGAAUGAUGUCAACUUGGGCCUCAUGGACAAAUGGAUGCUCCACCAGCUGGCUAAGCUCGAUCAAACGUGUAGAUCAGCUUACGAAGAGCACAUAUUCAGCAAGGUUGUACAGGCUUUGCUUAACUUUACGAGCGGGCCGCUAGCUACAUACUUUGAAAUAGUCAAGGAUACGCUGUACAAUGACGAGGCUGGGUGUUUCGAUCGACGCAGUGCAAUACAUGUGCUCAAUAGAACGCUCGACACACUCUCGAAAGCUGUAUCACCUAUUGCGCCAUACUUAUCUGAAGAGAUACACGGUCACAACAAGCAAAGCAGCGAUAGUAUUUUUACGAAAGAGUGGAAACCAUUAGGUGGUAUUACAUACGAAGAGGCUGCUCAGCCUGCAGCUGUAGUUCUGAAAUGGCGAGCCGAGGUACUGGCGCAGCUUGAAGUACUGCGUUCAGAAAAAAUAAUCAAAACCUCAGCCGAAGCCACAGUCGAUGUAUUUAUUGGCGAGGAGUGCGAUAAUACGGUUAAAUUGGUGGCAGAUACCAUGCACUCACAACUGGCAAAAUCGUUCGUCGUUUCGUCGGUCCAAGUGCACAGCGUGGAGAAUAUGAGUGACGUGCGUAUAAGCGUGCGCAAAAGUGAAAAAGAAAAAUGCCCGCGCUGCUGGUCAUUUAACAGAGCUUCAACACAGGAAUUAUGCGAUAGAUGUGCUAGUGUGAUUAAACAAUAA